UAUUUUAUAAAUCUCCUUUCUCAUUGUUAUUUCAAACUACCCGGUUCUUGGCCAAUCCCCCAGAGUGGGUAUGUGCCAGUAACUCGGGGCUCUACAUCUACAAUAUCGGUCCUGGACUCGCGGUUCUAUGUACGACACUGAAGACGACGACACGCAUUUGUGCCUCAAGUGCAGCGCAACUAUCUCCGGUCUGAAAAACUACAUCGCGCAUCGCAAGCAGCCCUGUUACAAAAUUGUGCGUAAUGACAGUGCACUUACAUCCGUGGCGUCACCGACAGCCGAACACACAUAUGAACCGUCAUCACUGCGGGCGGACGAUUUUUUUUCUUCACUUGAGCUACAAAGCAUCCAAGCUGUUAUUCCGACUACUGCCACUAAAGUAGACCACGCCGAUUACGACUUGGAAGACUGUGAAGACAGCGACAAUGAUCUUUACCCACCAACGUCGCACACGGGCGGCAAGUGGAAACCUGGCUGGGGUCCGACCGCUCGUUCUGACUGGAAGGCGGUGCCUCAACACAGGGAGCUCCCGCUACAAGCUGCAAAAGAGCCUGCUGCCAUUCCGGAAGGAUUCAUUUGUAUCCCAUGCAACAGACGCUACCGCAAUAAGUUCACAUUAUCCAGACACAAAGAAACUUUGUACCACCUUAAGCGAAGUGGUGGCAUUAUGACAGCUAAAGUAAAAUCUAGCCAACGACGUAUAGUACCCCCCUCAGCAACAGUUCAGGAGAAAGGCCAGAAAUGCACCAAGACAGACAAAGUGUGCAAGCUCCGUGACACAGCGAAGCGACACCACAAGUGUGCUUCUGACUCUCACCAAAAUAAGGAGCAACACGACAUGCGCAUUGUUGUUUCUACAACUCGGCCGUCUUCAGCAAACCAGCGUACUGGCAGUAAUGGUGCUGCAUUUCAGCUGGAUAAGUCCUCGGCGGCAGACAGGCAUUCUAAUAUAGUUAUGAAUUCCCAGCAUGCUGCUUUAAGACAUGCCAAACAAACCUUUCAGACCACUCUUAAACAAAGCACUACACCAGUGCAAAGUGAACAACCAGUGCUGCAUUGUGUUGCAUGUAAAAACCAGUUUCUAACUACAUGUGAAUUCAGGCUUCAUGAAUGCCACUGCACAAUUUCUGGGCAAGCAAGCAAGCACUUCCUAUAUGGAAGCUUGAGAGCAUCUAAGACAUCUAAAGCGAAUGUUGCUUCCAAUGAGCUUGGAGCCACGGAGGAAGCCACAAAUGUGCAGAAGCAGCACAAAAUCGCACCCCGACUCUUUUGUCCACAUUGCCGGAAGCUAAUAAGUAAGCCCUACAUGAAAUUGCACAUGCACACACACACUGGUGAAAAGCCCUUUGCAUGCCAUAUAUGUGAUCAACAUUUUGCCCAUCGCAGUACUCUGAACAUUCACAUUAAGCACCACUUAGGACUUCGGAAAUUCCACUGCACCCAUUGUCAUUUUCGGGCUGUGCGUCACAGCAUGCUGCGUCGGCAUGAGGUUGCUCUUCACCGGCUCAAGGCUGGCCCGCAGCCCUCUUCUCCUGCAGCCAGCACCCCUGUGUUGCAACAGGACUUCAUUGGACAGUGUCGCAGUGUCUCUGAUCAGAAGAGUGCCCUUAAAAGUGAAGCGUCAGUUUGCAGAAUAGAGCGCCCAAUGAAACCAAAACCCCCCUUUGUUUGCAGUAGUUGCCAUCGCAGUACCUGGAAGGGCCAGUUGCCACCUAGCCAUCAGAGACAGCACAUGGGUGAGCAGCAUUUUCAAUGCUCCCAUUGUGACUACAAGUCUUCACGCAGGGGCCAGGUGCAGCGGCACAGCCGCAUUCACUUUGGCCUCAAACCUUACAGCUGUCCUUACUGCAGCUAUCGCUGCAGAAAUCAAGAAAACAUGCGUAAACAUAUCCUUAAUACUAAAAAACACGAUGGAAAGAAAAUGUACCCAUGUAAGCAAUGCAGUUUUGCCUGCAAUGAAUUCAGUGUUUACAGAAAACAUGUUUCAGAUAAGCAUCCAAAGGAUGUGAUGGCAAGUAGUACCACUGAUUUACCUGCUACUGCUAAUGGUGUAACAGCUGAAAGUGCUUCACUACCAGAGGGCUGCGAUGAAAUUGCCAAGGCACCAUCAAAUGACAAGCAAAUAAUGGAGACUUGCACCGACUUGCCUGAACCAGCAGUUUUCCUGACCAUUUCAGGCUUGAGCGAGCCUGACCUGGAGAACAGAUCCGUGAUGGCACAGGCACUGCCUAUCCUAAAUGAAUCGGAAAGUGGCCUCACUUGUUCCGAGAGUGAUGUACUUGCUGAGUCGAGCAGUGGUAUAUUGUUGCCAAGUGGCCUGGACACUGAAUUCAGUGACCAGCUCAAUGCACAACUAAAUGAUCAAGUGACUUUUUCCACGUUGGAUACUACGGAUAUUGUGUACACCACUUGUUUGAAUUCAUAAUCUCCCACUU